AUGAGCACAACCGAUCUAUCUGGUCUGCCUCCAUCUGCAGUUGCGAUCACAACUUCAUAUUCGUACAAAGUCGAUUUGUGGGAUAAAUUCACAGAAUUGGCAGAGAAAUUGGUGGUGAGCAAAGCUGAUGUAAAACAAUUCCAAAGUUUAAUUAAAGAGACAGCUAGUCUCUAUGAAACAAUCGGUAAAAAGUUGUCUAAAACAAAACUCACUACCGAAAAGAAUUCAUUUGAAACUGGGGAACCUUUUGAUAGAAUGGCAACCGGUUUGCAAACUAUUGGUAAUCAAUAUCUUGAUUCAUCAAGAGAUUUAUCUGAAAAUUUAUUCAAGGAAAUUACAGCUUUAAGAAAGGAACUUUCUAAAUCAAUUAAAGCUGCAAUCAAGGAGGAGAAAAAGUUGAGAUCGGACCUAAACAAUACUAGACAUGAUGCUCAACAAGCCAAACAAAAAGACCAAGAAGAAAAGAAACACUUGGAAGAAUUGCAACUCACUCUUUAUAGUGACAAUGCAAUGCCACCAAAAAAGUUGGAAAAAUUAAAUAAGGAAGUUAAUACUUAUGAAAAGAGAUCUAAAAAAGCUGAAGAAGAUUAUGAUUUGGCUAUUAGGAAAUUACAUGAUAUGGAUCAACAAUACUAUGCAAAGUUAGGUGCUCUUAUGGCAAGCUUGGAAGCUUUGGAUAGAAAGAGAUGUAAUGAAAUGAAAGAUUUGCUUGUUCGUUUUGCUAAAAUGAACUUUGCUAUCGGAAAGAGUACUACAGCUCAAUCAGAUUACAUGGAACAAAGCUUUGAAUCAAUGAAUGAGGAAAGAGAAAUUCAAACAUUUAUUGGUGGUAUUAGAUCAGGCAGUAGACCACCUGCUCCUGAUCAAUUUGAACCUUAUGUUAUUAAGAUUCCAGAUGAACUUAAUAAGAAGAGAUUCUCCACAAUGAAUGGAUCUGUUUCAUCUCCUGUUAGCCCUGUUGGUACCAGUAGCACUACUUCUGUUUCAAGUGUUAAAAUAACACCACCACCAACAACAACUAUUAAUCAACCUCCUCCAGUUAGCAGUAUUUCAACCAAUGCAUCAACUGAACCUAAAAAAACCACAACAACUGCUAAACCUAUUGAAGAAGAAAUUCCAACAAAGGUUAUCAAGACUGUUACCUGUAUAUAUGGUUAUGAUGCGGCUGAUGAAGGUGAACUUACAAUCAAGGAAGGUGAUUAUAUUAAUGUACUUGCCAUGAAUGACGACGGAUGGUGGUUAGGUAUUAAUAAUAGUGGAAUGACUGGUUUGUUCCCUUCAAACUUUGUGGAAGAAACUCAAGGUUCAAUAAUACCAGAGGAUUUACUUACUAUUAAUAAGGGAUCAAAGGUUGUAGCUCAAUAUGACUAUGAGGCUCAAGAUGAUCAAGAAAUUAGUUUCAAAGCAGGAGAAAUUGUAACAGUAGUAGAAGUUAACACAGAUGGUUGGUUUAUUGGUGAAAAUUCUUCGGGAGCUCAAGGCCUCAUUCCAUCCAACUUUUUCAAAUUGGCUAAAUAAAACCAAAUAACUUUUUUAUC